AUAACAACAUCACAUCACCGACCACAUAGCUCAAACUGUCAUAACAUCACCCGUGACAAUAUUUGCUUUUCUCCACAAAAAUAUUUUUAUUUCGAAACUUUCUUUUCCAAAAUUAACAUUAAAAGUCUAAACAUGAACAUAACCUCGGAAACUCCGUCCACAUUACAACCUCAAAUUUUCCAAUUUUUAUUUAUAUAAUUCACAUAUCACAACCACCACUCUCAUGCCUUCAACAAUACCAACAACAUUCUCCAACCAUCAUGAACGGCGGCGCCGCCUCUUCCUCAGGUGACGCCUCCGUUAUCAAACGUAGACGCAACAAUCAAACGGUUCAAUCUAACGGCGUUAACGUAUCAAAUUCAAUGGCGAAGAAUUCUUCGUUUUAUUCCGACGCUUCGUUCACGAAAUGGACUUUAGCUGAUGUUGUACACGUGGCAACACAUCAUUGGAUGAUUUGUUUGUUUGGUUUUGGUCUUUUGUUUUUCAUGGGUGUGGAAUACACGCUCCUUAUGGUGCCUUCUUCUUCUCCGCCGUUUGAUUUGGGUUUCAUCGUCACGCGCUCUAUUAAUCGCGUGCUUGAGUCGAAGCCUCAGCUGAACGAUGUCCUUGCUGCACUUAAUACGGUGUUUGUGGCAAUGCAAACGAGUUAUAUCUUAUGGACAUUUUUAAUUGAAGGACGUCCUAGAGCAACAAUUUCAACACUUUUCAUGUUUACUUGUCGUGGGAUUUUGGGGUAUUCUACCCAGCUCCCAUUGCCUCAGGAAUUUUUGGGUUCGGGCGUGGACUUUCCGGUCGGGAAUGUAUCGUUCUUCUUGUUUUUUUCGGGGCAUGUGGCGGGUUCGGUGAUUGCUUCAUUAGACAUGAGGAGGAUGAAGAGGUGGGGAUUGGCAUGGACAUUUGAUGUUUUGAAUGUUUUGCAAGCUGUGAGGUUGUUAGGUACAAGAGGACAUUAUACUAUUGAUUUGGCUGUUGGAUUAGGUGCUGGCUAUUUGUUUGACUCUUUAGCUGGAAAAUAUGUUGAAGAUAGCAAGAAGAAAAUAGCUUCCAAACAUGAUUUGGUUGCAUGAACAAUGUGUGAAAUAUUUUGAUGAAAAAGAUGAUGACUUUGAAUAGGUUGAAUUGUAAUUGUAAAGCAAAUAAAAAAAGGUUAAAGAGUUGAGUCAGUAGUAGUUGUUUUAAUUUUUUUUUAGUGAUGUGUAAUUUCAAUAAUUGAUUCAAUCCUAUUUCAAUAGGAAUUUCAUUUUGUUCAGUUGGUUGUUCA